AUGGAUAGAAAAUCUGCUAGAAUAAAAGCAGAGUUGCAAAGAUAUGGUUGGAGAGUUUCGAAGAAUUUUAAAUAUAGGAAGGGAAGACCCAUAAAAGUCUAUGACAAACUGGCUGGUCUUCGCUACGAAAUGGAUUUGGAAACAGCACGUGCAAAUUAUCCAAACAGACUAGAGAGGUUAGAAGAAGAACGUCUUAUGAACAUGCCUUUCGAUGUUAGUGAACCUCAAGUUGAAGGACACGACGGCUUUGCCAGAUUCUACUGGAAACAUGACGAACAAUUGCAUCCUUUGAGAAGGAAAAAGGAAAAGGUGAAGACACAUGCUCCCAUGGAAAGAACAAGAUAUGCAUAUGAAAAGUAUCGUGAAGUUAGAAGUCAAAUUACAUCUGGUCGAACCUUUACAGUAAACCUUGACGAAGGAAAGAACAAAGAAGGCUUCAUGGGAGUACUUGCUGCCAUACAAGACGGAAAUAAGAAAGGACACAAUCUCAGAUUGACCAUAACGGAUUUGGAUGGUCACAUUUACUAUGCAAAUGGCAAUGAACAAACAGCUGCAAAACUUCUUGACGCUUUCAAGACUACAAAGAGAGAACAAAUGGUUGACUCCGACUCAGACAUUUUGAAUGCAAUUGAAGGAAUUGCAAGUGUCAAGUUCGAAUGGUACCAACCUAACCCUCAAGCAGUCAGACAACAUGCUGGAUACUUUCCGUUCAUAA